GGCUCCAGCUUGUCUAUCCUUGUGCCCCGCGGUCUCGAGGAAGCGCUCGGGCGGGGCUGGAACACGGGGGAGGAGGGGGGGAGGGACUUCUUGUGCCUUCCUGCUCCUCCCCACCUCUGGCCACGACCGGAAAUGAGGUCACAGAGGGAAACCCCCGCGGAGAGACAAGGCCCAAACUGCGGUGGCCGUUGAAGGGGGCUGCGGCAGCCGGCGUGGCUUCAUGGAUGAGCUGGUGCAUGAUUUGGCCUCGGCCUUGGAGCAGACAUCUGAGCAAAAUAAGCUGGAUGAGCUGUGGGAGGAGAUGGCUCUGAGCCCUCGCCAGCAGAGACGACAACUUCGAAAACGGCGGGGUCGGAAGCGGCGUUCUGACUUCACCCACUUGGCUGAGCAUACCUGCUGCUAUAGUGAGGCCUCUGAGUCUAGCUUGGAUGAGGCUCUGAAAGACUGUCGGGAAGUGGCUGCAGUCACCAACUUCAGUGACUCUGAUGAUACAAUGGUGGCCAAGCGACAUCCGGCUCUCAAUGCCACCUUAAAGAGUAAGCAGCACUCCUGGCAUGAGUCAGACUCUUUUACUGAGAAUGCACCUUGUAGACCACUGAGGCGGAGGAGGAAGGUGAAGCGAGUGACUUCAGAAGUGGCUGCUAGCCUCCAACAAAAACUCAAGGUGUCAGAUUGGAGCUAUGAGAGAGGCUGCAGGUUCAAAUCUGCCAAGAAGCAGCGACUGUCGCGUUGGAAGGAGAAUGCUCCCUGGACUUCCUCAGGCCAUGGGUUGUGUGAGUCCACAGAGAAUAGGACUUUCCUUAGCAAAUCGGUCAGAAAGGAGAGGAUGGAGUGUGAAGCUGAUGAACAAAAACAGGGCUCUGAUGAGAACAUGUCAGAAUGUGAAACCAGCAGUGUAUGUAGUAGCAGUGACACAGGUCUCUUCACCAAUGAUGAAGGUCGUCAAGGGGAUGACGAACAGAGUGAUUGGUUCUAUGAAGGUGAAUGUGUCUCAGGAUUCACAGUCCCCAAUCUCCUCCCCAAGUGGGCACCUGAUCAUCGAUCUGAAGUAGAGAGAAUGGAUGCAGGACUAGACAAACUUUCAGAUUCCACAUUCCUUUUGCCCUCUCGUCCAGCUCAAAGAGGGUUCCAUGCACGCUUGAAUCGGCUCCCUGGAGCUGCUGCCCGAUGCCUCAGAAAAGGACGAAGAAGGCUUGUUGGAAAGGAGACCAGCAUGAGCACUUUAGGGACUGAGAGGGUAGGCCACAUAAUUAGUGACCCACAUCAGAAAGAUUUCUGGUUACCAUCAACAGGGAAGAGAGAGCGCAACCAGUUCAAUCCCCUUUCUCCCCUCUAUUCUUUGGAUGUUCUUGCUGAUGCUUCCCACCGAAGAUGCUUACCAGCACACUGUUCUGCCAGACAGGCAAAUGUACACUUGGGACCACCAUGUUCAAGGGACAUAAAGAGGAAACGGAAACCUAUGACCACAGCGUCUCUGUCCAGCUCAACUGCAGCUCUGCCUGUUCACAUGGAUGAAGUAGAGGCAAUCCCACCAUCAUCUCAGGCCCAGAAACCCCCGAAUUCUGAGUGGUCUGUCCGGACCUAUGCAGCAGAGAAAACCACUGGACCCACUCCAGCUACCUUUUUUAAAAUGCCGCAGGAAAAAAGCCCUGGAUGCAGCUAGAGAGGCAUUGUGCCCGCCAGGUGUCGGCUGGAUUUGUUGACAUUUAGACUUUGGAUUGUAUUGUUCCAGCUAUCCAAUUUGGCAAUACCUGUCUGGUCAUCUUCAGCGCACUUAUCUUCAACCACAGCAGCUUGAUCUCCAUUGGAAAAUCAUGCCUAUGAUUCAUUUUUUUAAAAAAAAGUAUUAACAUGUUGGGGCAGUUUAAAAAAAGUUCUUGCUAUGCUGUAUUUAUUCUGUUCAUCUGUCAUUGCUGUCCCAACAUCUCUCUACAGCUGCUUUUACAGAGCUGUUGCUUUUUUGCUGAUGUCUGUCUGUCUUUGUUGUUGUGAAAUUGGUGACUGCUUUUGCAUCUUGUUUUGUGGCAAGGCUGCCAAUAUCAUUUGAAGAAGAGCUGACUUUGCAGCUAGCCCUGGGCAAGUGUGAGAACUGAGUUUAAGGCUAGCAUGGAAUUAUAUUUGGCCAGGAGGUAGGAGACCAAAACAUGGGGCUGAUUUCAAGGCUGGAACUUUGGAAUUUUGUCUUUCGGUGAUCUCAGAAGCUAACACUCAUCAACCAACGCUGGAUCUUAGGAGAGACUUGGCCAGCAACUUGGGACUCAGAAAAAGUUUAUCCUGUCCUGGUAGAUGUCUUAACGUUGCUCAUGAUUGUGCUAUUCAUUGCCUUCUCUCCCAUAAACAUGUCCAGAUUGGCACAAUGAAGAUAACUUAGGUGAAAAUCACAGCUCUAGGGUAUUUAGUGACAUAUUGAAAAAAUUUCAUUUCCCAAAUCAAACCUUUUCUUAAGCAAAAAAUCCAUUAUCAUGUGAGUUAUUGAUCUCUCAGGCCAGUAACCUUCAGCUCAUAUGUUGCUAUAACAACUCUCUUGGGCUAUCUGCUUUUUUGGUAAAAAUUUCUGUCGUCUCCCUUCAUAUUUGAAGCUGCAUUGUGAAAGCCCAUAGUUGUACCUGAGGUUAGUGGCAAUGCUGUCAAUAGAACAGAUAAAUAACUAAUUGGAAAUGCUGAAGGGAGGCUGCCAUUUCCAAAAGUGGUAUUAGAGCCACCUAUUUAAGGGGCUUGAUUAACUUAAAGGUACUCACUGAAUAUUUUUUGAGUACUUUAUAUUGUGAAACAUAAAAGAGUAAACAGUCAAAAAACUGACUCUCUUACAUGCAUACCGCACAUAGUACAUUCUGUAGGGACUCCCUCUCAUAUCUCUGAUUAUUUUCUGUACUAAAGUAGAUGUUGAGGGGAGACAAGUGCUCCCAUUUCCCGAAGCUCAGAAACUUUUCUAGUAAUAGAUAUAAUUAAGGAACUCCCUUACUGCUUUCCCUUUUCAAAUCAUAUUCUUUUAUAGAUUUGAGAGGGGUUCAGGACCCAGCUGCUUUCUUUUCUCCAUAGAAGUAUGUGUUGUCCAUUGUGUUCUGAAACAAAGAUGAAGUAGAUGGCACCUUUGACUCGCUAUCAGUAGGGCAUAUACUUUGUGUUUUGAUAAUAGUAGCAAUGGGUUAUGGCCUUUUUGUUAACGAUGUUACAUUUAGUCGAUGAUGGGUUUGUGGCCCCAGAAUGUUAUUUUUCCUUGUACCAAACCCACUGGCCUAUGUGGGCAGUUGUAUGGUUGAUAGAGUGCUGGACUUCGAAGUGGGAACACUGGGGUUUGAAUUCUGCCUCUGAUAAUUAUGCAGUGUGUGAUUAUAGGCAAGUCACUUAAACCUUCUAAGCCUCUUGUUUCCUCACCUAUAAAAUGGUGGUGACAAUUGUCAUACCUCCUAGAGUUGUCAUGAGGCUCAAAUGAGAUAAUAAUGUAUUGAAGCACUUCACAAACUUCAAAGUGCAGUGUCUACCAGUGCACUGGUUACAUUAUUAGAUUUAAGCCAAGCCUAUUGGUCAUCGGUGCCAUUGUGCCAAGGUAAUAGAAGUAUAAAUAAUUGUGUUGACCAUCAUAGCCCCUUUCUGGCUGGAAGUUAAAGACCAUGUAUCAUCUCAUUUACCUUUAACAAUAUCCCGGUGAGUCACAGAGAGCCACAGAUCAUUUAAGUGACUUGCCGCAUAGCCAACCUAAGACUAAAUUCAAGUCUUUAAAUUCUUGGUCCAAAUGUUUUGCCACUAGACCAAAUUAUUCCUUGAUUAUAUUCUGAUUAAUCUCCACUUUGCAGUAUAUGUAGGGGACAAGUAAUUGGGAGGCAGGGUGGGGGCUGGUCUCUCCUUCCUCUUUAUGUCCCCCGAUUUGUUCUUAACGGUAUGUAGAGGCACCUUAUAUCCUGAUUGCUCUCAACUUUGUAGUGUAUUAUUUGGAUGAUGUGUAGGGUUUCCCUCCCUUCAUUCCAACGCCUUAUAUUCCCUGCUAGUAAUACUGUAGCUUUCCCUCGACCAGCCCGAUUUGCAGACUGAGAUCCAAAUUUAUGAAGUGAUAUGCCAGGAUUGCACAUCAAAAUGCUUGGUUUUGGAAUACUCUUGUCUGCUCAUUUGAGUACAUGUAAUAGAUGCCACUCAAUAAGAUGGAAAAAUCAUUUGUACCUGGGAAAAUGAUUAUCUAUUAAGCACAUGAAUGCUUUUCAACAUGGGGGUGCAAAUUGUGCUCCUUGACUUAGGUGCUGUAUUUGCAUGCUUAAGGAAUUAUGAAUAUUGACCAAAUGUCUUUUUUGUGAUGCUUUGUUCUCCAUAUUCUCUACAAAUGGAUUUCCGAAGGAUGAUAUUAAUCCUGAGUAUAUUUUGGUUUUUUAAAAAGUCAUUGUCCUUUCUGUUAUGUCAAGGUUUUAAGAAAUCAGUCAUACAAUCCUACAAAGAGUUUUGGGGAAAACACAGUAUUUUAAAAUUAGAUCAUCAACAGAAAUCCUUAGAACAGUGUGGGACACACUGCCUUUUGAGCCAGAUCUUUAGCCUACUGAAUAUUUGAUUUGCACAAAAGUAAUAACUCAGGCUGAAUCCCUUAGUUCAUAUUCAUUUCAGAGUUCUGGUAAGUGUAAACUGGCUGUACACUCUGUCAACAUAUACUGUAACGUUUUGGUACAUAGUAUGCUCCCAAACCAACAAGAGUCUUGAACAUUGUACUUUUAAUAGGGCUGUUCACUUUCAAGUUUACUUCCAAGUGGAGACUUUGAAAUGGGGCUUUUAAAACUAUCAUUUUAGAGAACUUUGUUGUUGUAACAUUAAGAAAAUAACUCACAAUUAUGUAGGGAAAAAGAAAAAAUUACAUUAUCUUUUUUAAAAGGUGUUAAGUAACAUGCAGCUAAGGAGCAGAUCAGACAAUCUUGGAUUUUUGUUUGCAAAUCUCAGAUGCACCUGAAAAUCAAAUAUAAUAUUGUCAUAAUCAGUAUUCUUUUAUUAGAAGGUGAAAUAGAUUGCACCUAAGCCAUUGCAGUGAGGAAAUGACCCUCGUCCGAAGUGAAUGCCUGCUGCUUUUGGUGCCUCUUACAUCCAGCCUUAAAAUUAAGGAGAAUUAAAAUGCCAUAGUAAAGUAGUAGUGUAUAUGGGCUUUUAGUAUUCAGAAUAUGUUGGAUGUUGCUGAGCCCAGUGAGCUAAAAUUUUACAUAAUUUUACAUAAUUUACAUAAUUUUACAUUAUGGGAAUAAAAACUGAAUCCAUACUAGGAAGUGGGAAUUCCUAGAUGAGAAAACAGAUUCUAAAAGUUAGAGAAUGAAGGUCAAACGAUAAAUGCAGUGAUCACAGAGAUGGAGAACUAACCAAGAUUUAAAAACCAGACAAGCAGACGGGGCAGAUGAUGACGUGGCUGUAGCUUUGCUGCUUCCUGUUUUUCAGAAGAUUGCUUCAGGCAUAAAAUGAUUUUAUUUAGAUACUUUCUCCAGUCUUUGUUUUCCACUGUAGACAUAUCUAGUCAGUACUUUUAAGGGUAAGAGCUGCGUUACAAAAAGAAAAGAAUAGGUUUAGUGGUUUCAUGCUCUUCAUUAUUUAGUCCAUCUUAGCAGACCUGCGAUGAGGGUAGGGUGAACACAGUUUUGAUGUCAUUGCCUCAGGGAAUGAGCUGCCUUAUGAAGUAACAUGUUUUCUGUCUCUGGAGAAAACAACAAAACAAGUCUCUAUGACUCUUUGAGGAUGAGUGUUUGAGUGUGGGGUCAGGGGGCCAGGGUGGUGGUGUUUGAGCAGGGAAGGGGAUUCAUGCAGUAGAUGGUCUCACAGGUUCCUUCCUACUUAAGGUUCUGUGAUUCUGUCAGGAAUUGUGAGAGACAGGGAUCAGUUUGAUGUUGCUACCAGUAAACCUCAAGUCACUGCUUUUGGGGACCAUAAAAGAACUUUUUUACUACCAACGUAUCCAUCCUCUUUCCCCACUCCGGUAGUCACUGACCCCAAGCUACUUUGUGGUAGGAGCAAAACCUUCCUGGCAUGAUUCCUCAUUCAUUUAGAAAACUAAGUAGCCAUGGUGGAAGGGGAGGACAUCAGGAGAUACAUGAAUGGGGUUAACCCCAACACCUAAUGAAACAGGGAUGACAAGGUCUGCAUCUAGGAGUUCAUAACAGAUAAAAGUCAAAUAAAUGAAAGCAUCAUAGAAGAAAAGUGAACAGAGAUGAGAAUUAGAACUGUCUUGCUGAAGUGGCUGGUUGCCAGGGUUAUUGCCUAAUUUGAGAUAUAUCAAACAGGAAUUAUCUUGUUCCAAAAGGAAAGAAAAAACCCUCAAGUAUCUAAUAGACUCCUGAUGAGUUGACUGUUUUGGAAGUAGAGGUUUAGCAACAGUUUUGAAGAAUAAGAAUUGAAGAUGUUCCUUAAGAGGAAGCUAGAUGGAGGCCUAGGUUCAAUAAAAUUUAACCAAUUACAGAUGCAUGUGUUACCUAGAACGCUGUGGUAUCUACUUUCUUAAAAGAGUAAAUGAUUACAUGGACUUACGGUGAUGAAAACUAUGAUAACGUGUCAGAUUUUCUUUGUUGCCCUUAUCCUUCACUUGUUAGGGAUUAGAAUGAUCCACUGGAAGGUGCUUCCUAGAUGGGAUAAAGAUGUGGAGAAAAUGAUACCAUACCAUGUCUAGAUUAAGAGACGUUAAACUUCUUUUCAAAGUAGAUUAUUCCACCUUUCCGAACAAUUUCAACUGACUUAGUAGUGAUAUAUGGGAAUUUUUCGCAGUAGUAAAAAUUUCAAUCUCUGGUGACAAAUUAGGUGAAUGAUUUCAGGAUUUUUAAGUGUGUGUAGAACAAGUCAUAAUUAUAAGUACUUUUCAUAUUCUGUGGUGUGAUAAUGAGGUUUCAAUGUAAUAAGCAUUAGGCAUAUAAUGAAACAAAAAGCAGUGUGGUCCCUCUCCUCAAAGAAUUUUAUGGUCUACUGGAUUAAGACAUACCCAGGUAACCAUGACACAAGAGCAAGACAAAGUGAUACAAGAAAUAUAAGGGAAUAAUCACUUGAACUGGGAGGAAUAAGUAAACCUUCAUAGUAGGCAUCACUACUGAGCUGGUCCUAAAAGGAAGAAGAUGACAACAGAUGAAGAUCUGUCUAGGCUGAUCAAGUGUGGACCAUAACCUGUGUGAAUGCAGAGAUUGGAGAGGAUGGGCAAGAUUGGGAAGCAGCUGGGAAUAAUUCAUCUGAAAUGAGGGAAAGUGUAGGUGUAGCCAGAUUGUGUAGCCUUAAAUUACCUGCAUUUACUAAAUACCAGGCUGAAUAAGUAUGACUCACUUAAGUAAAGAGGAGUUAAGAAUUCAUUUGGGUAGCAAAAUGUGA